CCCUAAUUUCAAAACCUGUCUCACUAAAAGUCAACUCCGUUCUCUCUCUCUCUCCCCACCUAUUCUUCUUCCUCUUCUUCCCCUUCCCUUCCUUGUCUCUGUCUUUGUGUGUGGGAUCAUCUGCCAUGAAAAUUCGCUCAUAGUGUUUCAAUAUCAAAACGCUGAAGGUCAAUUAUUUGUUAACUUUUCUCUGAUGGGAAACGGAGUUGGUAAAUUGACUGGGUGCUUCACCGGCUCACUGGAGUCUCGCCGGCGACAGGAUGUAUCGGUACUACUAUCGGACCCACUUGACGAGGGGCUUGGUCACUCCUUCUGCUAUGUCCGGCCUGACCCAAGUCGACUUUCGUCUUCAAAGGUGGACUUCGAGGAGGCUACUACGUUUCGUACAAUAUCCGGCGCAUCCGUAAGCGCCAAUACUUCGACUCCGCUAUCUACAUCUCUCGUUGAUCCCUAUGCGUGCAACACUUUUGAUCGGGCGGCCACUUUUGAGAGCUCUAAUUGCUUCGCUUCGAUACCGUUACAGCCAAUUCCCCGGAAUCUGAUCAAUUCAGGUCCGAUUUCUGCGAACUAUGUGGGGAUUCCGGGUUCGUGUCCGCUCGAGAGAGGGUUCAUGUCGGGUCCAAUUGAGAGGGGGUUCAUGUCGGGCCCGUUGGAUCGUGGAUUUUCGGGUCCACUUGAGAAAAGCUUCUCUGGUCCGUUUCCGAGGAGCUUUUCUCAUGGUGGUAUGGCUUUCAGACCCAGAUCAAGAAAACGGUCUCUGAUUCGAGUUCUGCAGAGAGCGAUUUCAAAGACGAUUAAUCGCGGGCAUAACUCUAUUGUGGCCCCUAUAAAGGGCGGCGUAAAAGAGCCCAAUUGGAUCUUCAGUUCAGACAAACACAACGAGAACUUAACAAUCAGCAGUAGCGAAGGUUGUUUGGAAGAUGAAGAUUCACUGGAGAGUCAAAAUUUGCAAUGGGCGCAAGGGAAAGCAGGGGAAGAUCGCGUCCAUGUCGUGGUUUCCGAGGAGCGCGGAUGGGUUUUUGUUGGGAUUUACGAUGGCUUCAACGGCCCUGAUGCGCCUGAUUAUCUACUAUCGAAUCUCUACUCUUCCGUCCGUAAAGAGCUAAAAGGAUUGCUGUGGGACGAUGAUUCCUUUGAGGCCUCUGUAAGCUCAGCCUCUGCCCCACCUGAAAAUACAACUAAUUCAGCUUCAGCUAUGGAAGGUGUUGAUGAAGUCGAUUCCGCUAGAAACUGUGAGUCUGAUGCGUGUUCUCGGUGUCUAGAACAAGAUAAUCAUCCGUGUGUGAGCGAAGAUGCAAAUUUUAUUUCGAAAUCGAGAAGGAAAGGAAGCAAGUAUCAAGGGGCAGCAAAGAAAUGGGAGGAGAAUCAGAGGAGGUGGAAAUGCGAAUGGGAUCGGGAGAGACUAGAGCUUGAUAGGAGGUUAAAGGAACAGUUGAAUAAUCAAUCUGGGUCCGAUAAAAGAGCAAUCAAUCAUGGUGAUGUGUUAAAAGCGCUGUCUCAAGCAUUGAAGAAAACAGAGGACUCUUAUUUUGAUAUAGCUGAUAGGAUGGUAACUGAAAAUCCAGAGCUUGCAUUGAUGGGUUCCUGCGUAUUAGUGAUGUUAAUGAAAGGGGAAAAUGUUUAUGUCAUGAAUGUGGGUGAUAGUCGAGCUGUUUUGGCACAAAAGGCGGUGCCCGAUUAUUGGAGCCAGGACUUGGGAAGAAUCAACGAAGAAACCUUGCAUGAUCUUGAUGUGUCUGUUUGCGAACAGUCUAAUAUAAACCCCAGUUUAACGACAAUUCAGCUUAGUGUGGAUCAUAGCACCAGUAUAGAAGAGGAAGUUCAGAGAAUAAAAAAUGAGCACCGCGAUGAUGCUCUAGCUGUGUUGAACGACCGUGUAAAGGGAUCAUUGAAGGUCACUCGAGCUUUUGGUGCUGGUUUUCUCAAACUGCCUAAAUGGAACAAUGCACUUCUGGAGAUGUUCAGAAUAGACUACAUUGGCAAUUCUCCAUACAUCACCUGUAUACCAUCUCUCUACCACCAUAGAUUAGGCCCGAAAGACAGGUUUUUGAUAUUAUCCUCUGACGGGCUUUAUCAAUACUUCACGAAUGAAGAAGCUGUUUAUGAAGUUGAACUAUUCAUUGCCUUGCAACCUGAAGGAGAUCCGGCACAGCAUCUUGUAGAGGAAGUCCUCUUCCGCGCAGCAAAGAAAGCUGGUAUGGACUUCCAUGAGUUGCUGGAAAUACCACAAGGUGAUCGGCGACGGUACCAUGAUGAUGUUUCCAUCAUUGUUAUUUCUUUAGAGGGACGGAUAUGGCGAUCCUGUGUAUAAAUACAAAAAAAAAGAGGAUAAAAAUAAAAAAAAUCAUGCUCUAUAAAGUCCCCGUCCACCCUUUUUUGAUUGUUCUUUUCCUGGUCACCCUUUAAGCAUAGCAAUGAAGGCUCUCCAGUGAAGUGAGUGUCUGAGGAGCUUUAGUUCAAUGUACAAGGUGAUAAAAGGGUCUGUAAAGGUGGUUCAAAUGUUGAUUACAAACUCUGAUAGAAAAGUCUAGUUUUCAAUUAGUAAAUGGAAUUCCUUUUGAAAAGAGGCUUUGGCCA